AUGGCGUUCUCCAUCAAAAACGCGCCGAGAAUUCGUUCACUGAUUCGGCUCACUCUACCAAAAUACUUCGAUGCAAAAACCUACAUAUGGAAUCGUUUUUCUUCAGCAGAUGCCAUUCUUAUAGAUAUCAGGCAGAAAACUACCUACAGUGAUCCAUGGCGACGACAAGUUCUCGCUAAAGUUCUUGAUGGAGCGCCCUACAAGCCGAGAGUCUACCUAGAAGUUACUAGCAGACGAACAUAUCCUGAGAUUUGGGCAGAAGACAUUGCCAUAUGUUCACAUAAAGGUCUAUACGGGUUUCUGAUGAAACUAAAAGACGGCAAUGUGCUUAACGAAGUGGAAACCAUUAUACGACGGGACGGCCAACCUCUUGAAGAACUUGUCGAAGGCGAUCAUCGGAUCCUCUCGACAAUCGUACCGCACUAUCAAAAAGAUGCUGCGCUUCUCAUGGACUUCGAACUAAAAGCAAUACCGUACGUUGUAUUUAAAUAUCAUAAUUUUGGAAGCCGUGAUGAAGGUUCGUGGAAUCGUCUGGAAGAGUUGGUGAACUAUGCACAGUUAACGAAUGUGAAGGCUCUUGCAUGGCGGUCAAUGCAUAGUGAACGAGUACGAGACAUUGAGCGGGAGAUGCUCACGCUCAAAGAGAUCGGAUUCUCCGGCGUUCUCGUCCGUAAUUCUGCUCUGAUUGAUAUGGCUAACAAGAUUUUCGAGUGA